GCCUCACUCUUUUGUCAAACACUGGUUGACUUGGACUUGACAAAUGACAUCUGACAUUUUGACAUACCUACGUUUUGCGUGAAUUGAAUCUGCCAGAAUUGUGGUUGACGCAAAGUAGCCAUUAAAGUUAUGACGAAAAAUUAUAUUAUUGCAGAUUGAUUUUUCUAUUUAAUUCCUUUCAGUGAUAAAUUCUGUUGUAUAAAUUAGAAAAAGAUGUAUAUUCUUGACAUUUUUUAGAUGAAAAAUAGACCAAUUCAUCCUGACACGAUGGGGAUUAUGUACGAGAAGCGUCCGUUGAAGAGGUCUCGAUUAGGGCCUCCUGAUGUGUAUCCCCAGGAACCUCAACAAAAGGAAGAUGAGCUCACAUCUACUAAUGUAAAACAUGGUUUCUCUACAACCCCCCAGUCAAGUGACGAAUUUGGUACAGCCAGAAACUUCAACUGUUCUGCAACUAAGAUAGGACAAUUUUUCUCUUCUAUAUUAUCUAAAAAGGAGGAAUUAAAUACUUUGCCUGACUGUGGAAGAAAACGGCAACAGGUCAACCCUAAAGACAAUUUCUGGCCUGCUACAGCACGCACCAAAGCACAAAUCGAAGCAUGGUUCAAAGACUUAGCUGGAAACAAACCACUAUCGCAACUUGCCAAAAAAGCACCAAACUUCAACAAGAAAGAGGAAAUAUUUAUAACUCUCACAGAGUUUCAAGUUUCUAUGCCAAGAGCUGCCUGGUUUAUAAAGUUGAGUUCAGCAUACACCGUUGCUGUGUCAGAAGCAAAAAUAAAAAAGAGACAGCUGCCAGACCCCACAACAGAAUGGACCACAACUUUAAUCAAAUUUUUAAAAGAUCAAAUACCAAAGCUAGCAGAGCACUAUCAAAGUGCCAUCCCAGGAAGCAUAUCAGAUAAAACACCACCUUCACAGUCAGGUCAAGGUACUCCAAGUCACAAUUCAUCGGGUAACCCGCCUGGUGGGUCUACUCCCAACUCAACUGUACCCAACUCUAUGCAUUCUCCUAGUGCAUCAAAUGGAUUGGGGUCAUCAACUCCCAAUUCUACUGAAAGCACUGACUGGCGACAAGCUCUGAAACUUUGGAACUAUUGCUGUAGACUAGCCAAAUAUUUGCUUGACGAGGGUCUGUUAGACCGACAUGACUUCCUUACUUGGAUCAUUGAAUUACUUGACAAGAGAGCACCAGAUGAUGGUUUACUAAGGUAAGGGUUUCGAGAUAAUUCUUAACUUCACAUAUCAUCUUAUAUCAUUGAUAACAAUAAAAUAUAAGAUUUUGAUAAGGACUCAAACAGAAAUGUAUCUUAUUUUGAAGUACGCAGAGAGCAAAAUUUACCUAAUUCACAGACUCUGUACUCUGAUUUUUAAUUAGAUGGACUAAACUGACAGCUCAAUUCACCUAUUUUUUAUACUUUUAUCUUUCUAAUAAAAAUAGUUACAGUCCCGCUGAAAUUAUAGUUUCAAAUACACAACUUCAUUUUCAGUUUUUCUAAUCAUUAAAAAGUACCAAUGUUUAAAAUGUUUUAACUAUAAGGUAAACUUAAAAGUUAUAUAUGAAAUGUGAAUAAUUCAUGAUUCACUACACUACCUAUCAUUUAGUCCACAACAAUGUUUUUUAUUUUCGAUAAUAUGGCAAUCCACUAAAUGUCAGUUAAGUCCAUGUAAUAUUAAUUAUAAUAGUGUUGUUUCGAUAGUGAAAAAUCUAAGGCAAGGUAAUGUAUUAAUUUUUUAAGAAAUUUACUUAAUUUUUGCUUUUUAAAAUUAAAAUAAACAAUUUUCAAAUAGAGUAGAAUACCCUAUUGUUUUAGUAACUGUCAAUGUCACUUAUCUCACAAUAUUUUAUUCCAUCUUACUCUCGU